GCUGACGUCACGAGUUUUCGUGCAGUUUCGUGAGAUUUUUGUGUUUGAGAGGAAACAAAAGGAAGAUAAACAAAUAAACAAAUAAACACUGGGCUACUUCAAAGAAAUCCCACCUCAAGUAAUUUAAUCACAGCGUCCCCUCAACCGCCUCGCCAUGAACGCCAAAGACACCGUGGACCUGUCGCCGACCACCUUCCGGCGGAUGCUGGCCCUCCACGGCCGCUCCACCACCUGUGGGCUCUUCGGCGCAGACGACGCGAUCAACCAGAUGGCAGAGAUCAUGGCGGCCAAACAGGAGAGGGAGAGGAAGAGGAACGGGGACGGCGCAGGGGACGAGAGGAAGGACGAGGAAGGUGAUGUCUCCGAGAAGGAGGACGAGGAAGGGGAGAAGGGGGUGAGCAAACAGGCGCUGACCAAGGUGGUCCAGGAGAUCAGCUCGGCUCUGAAGCCUCCCGCCGACGGAGCCAUGAACCCGCCCCUCUCCAAGGCCUACGACGACCAGAAAAACGCCAACCCCAGCUACUCGUUCUACAGGAGGACGUUCAAGGUUCACGGCAAAGAGGCCUGGGAGCACGCUAUGCGAGACCUGGGAAGCGUGGACACUCUCAUCAACCGCUACGGCUACGUGGUACCAUCACUGAGGCGGGACUGACCAUCACCACCAGCUGCAGCAGCAACAGCAGCAAAAGCAACAACAUCGAUAACAACUAAAUUAUAAGUUGUACAUCAACGCAGCAGCUCCAACUGCACGAAUCACAAAUGAAAAGAAAUGGCCGCUAAGACUCAGACUACAAAUGCAGCUAACAUUUUAAUACAUCUGCAACAACAAGAACAAUAACAGCAAUAACAACAACAACAACAACAACAACCACUACAGCUGCAGCAACAAAAAGUGUAAAUGCAACAACAACAACAACAACAGACUACAUCUGCAACAACAACUUUAACAUGAACUGUCGCUAAAAGAACGUUUAAAAAAAUACAACGACAUCAUGUACAACCACAAUAACGGCUACAAAUAUAACAACAACCACAAUAACAACAACAACCACCACAACCGCAACAACAGCCACAACAACAACAACAACUGCUACAACAACAAAAACCUGUGCGUUUCCACAAACACAACGGAACAGCCCCAGAACAACCUGUUGUUGUUGUAUGGAAGAUCCGAACUGAUGAACUCCCUUGACCCCCCGGUGAAUAAAGGGGUGCCCACUACUACGGCUGGAUCGGACCGAUCGUCCGACUCGGUCGCCUGAAACUGAAAAUAAAUACGCUUGUUUUGGAGGCGACCGAGUUGGGCGAUCUCAUCCGUAGUGGGCACCCCGUAUUACAUAAGCGAACUCGUCUAUGUCAGAAGAGGCUGAGACUAGGAGUGUAUAAGAUCUGUCAGUCAUUGCCGCUGACAGCGCCAAAGCUGUGAGAUCACAAUCAGUUCUUCACUGUUACUGAUACUACUGUAGUCACAAUAAAGCGCUAGUUCUGAAAACGACAGCGGCGACCAGAGUUCUCCUUUCAUUUCUUCCCUCGGAUACUCUUAAAAACACACCUACAUACAUUACCCUCGUGUGUCCCCGUCAGCCAUUUUGUGUGUAAGGCUGUAGUAGUAGGCAUGUUACGCUAUUAAUGAAGGAGGAA